AUGAAGCGCUCGAGGAGCGUGUGGAGUGCAUACGGCAUCAGAUCCGCAGGUCACCGAGAGGAAGAAGCGUUCGAGAUGCAGAGAUUGGUAGGUGCAGAUUCCGACACGGCAUGGUGGCUGGACCAUGUUGUCAAGCGCGCAGAUGCACCUGGUGGGGUGGAUGACGCGAAUGUAGAGGUCGCCACCGACUCGCUUUCAGCACCGCCUGCUUCCGCCUUCUCGCCAUCCGUUUCUGUACCUGUAUCUGCGAUCUCGCAUCUGCACGGUGCUACGAUCCCGCCUGUGCCGUCUGCUCUGCCAACUACUUCUACCCCGCGCCUUGACUCUGCAGCUAUCGCGGGCUUGUGCACUGCGAUCGGUGUGCUUGUUCUGCUCGUCUGUGCCGUACUAGGAAUUCGUGUACAGAGGAAGAAGAGGAUGAACUUGUUGAGUGGGGAUGUUGACGAGGUGGAGAGGGUGUCCGGUAGUGUUGCGAGUAGAGAGUAUUUUGUCGAGGAGAGCAAAGAGGGGGUGCUUGUUGAGGAUGAGGAGGUUUGGGAGGAUGAUGGUGGUAGGAAGGGAAUGAGUUUGCCGAGGAGGAUGUGGUGA